AUGGCCAACGCGUCGCAGUGUCUGGAGGAGGGCUCGGGGCGCUGGCCGCCGCCGGCCGGGCCGUACAGCGAGGCGCAGCGCCUGGCGCUGGAGGAGCUGGUGGCGGGCGGCCCCGAGGCGCUGCGCGCUUUCCUGCGGCGGGAGCAGCUGCCGCCCUUCCUGUCGGAGCCCGAGGUGCAGGACAUCGCUCGGGCCGCGCUGCCGCCCGCCGCGGGCCCGGAGCCGGCGGCCGAGUCCUCGGCCGGCUCGUCGCUCGACGCCUCGUCGCUCACCUACUUCCCCGAGCGCUCGGACCUGGAGCCGCCGGCGCUGGAGCUGGGCUGGCCGGGCUUCGCCAGCGGCGCCUUCCGCGGGCUGACGCGGGUGGAGGCGCAUUUCCAGCCCGGCUGCGGGGACAGCAUCUACGGCUGCAAGGAGGCGGUGCGGCGGCAGAUCCGCUCCGCCCGACAGGUGAUUGCCCUUGUGAUGGAUUCCUUCACAGACAUUGAGAUCUUCAGUGACCUUCAGGAUGCCUAUAACAACCGCCAAGUCCCUGUCUAUAUCCUUCUUGACCAGGAAUUUGUACCCCAUUUCUUGGAAAUGUGCAACAAUUUGGGAGUUUGUCCUGAGCAGGAAAGUAUGAUGAGAGUUCGAACUCUUACAGGGAGCACGUACUACAUGAGGUCAGGUGCCAAAAUUGUUGGGAAAGCCAAGGAGAAGUUCAUGUUAAUUGAUGGCAUUAGAGUGGCAACAGGCUCCUACAGUUUCACAUGGUGUGAUGGGAAGCUGAACAGCAGCAACUUGCUGGUGUUGUCAGGUCAAGUGGUUGAACAUUUUGACCUCCAGUUCAGGAUUCUUUAUGCUCAGUCUCUGCCCAUCAGCCCAAAGCAACCAUCCAGCUGCAGGAACAGUGACAUGUUUAAUCCCGUGCUGAACAGAACAGGAUCCUCUAAAGAAUAUACUGUAGAAGGCAAUUUGAGAGCAGAAUUUGCCAGACUGUCUAGCACUCCGAAAAAAUUGCUGGAAAAAACAGAACAGACUGAAUAUACUCCUGCAGGAAAGCUUUGUAGCCUGGGGCAUUCUUGCCUGUGUGAAGAGGAGUUGUUUAGCAAUCAAGUGGCUACAGCGGAGCAGAAAAGUGCAUCAACUCAAACUGGCCCGUGGAAAGAGAUGGUAGCUGUGACCAAAUGUAAUGCAGCCACUCAGGCCAGUGCUGCCACAGCAGACACUAGCACUCAGGCUUCUGUCACGGCCAGAGCGACAGGCACUCAGACAUCAAUUUUGCUGAAGACUGCAGUGACACAGACAAAGGAAGAGGAGGGCACAGAAACACCUCUCCUUCCCAGAAAGUUGUCAAAAGAAGAGUAUUUUCUGUCUGGAAAGGCUGUAUCCACUUCUAGUCUGCGAUCGUUGUCUUCAUCAUCAUCCCAGUGCUCUCUUGCAAGUUCUACGGGUUCAAUAUCCUCUCUCAGGUCCUUUGAAUAUUCCAGUAGUCACAGGGCACAAUAUUUCCAAAAACUGCACAAAGAGAGGCAAUUCCACUACUCCACGAUCAGGUCGAAGCUGAGCCACAUGGUGGAUAUCCUGUCCCGGCGGGGCCGUGUCCCUGUGAGCCACGUGGCACAGUACCCUGGCAGGUGCAGCCUAAAGCACAGGCGGGACAUCAGCACCAGCCUGCGCAGCCUCCGUGAUGCCUCGCUCUUCUCUCUGAAUAAAUGA